AUGUCGUCGUAAUAUGGGGGAUAAAAAAAACACCAAGGAUCGGGUUACUAAUGAUGUGGCCAUCAAACCUACUGAUGUGGUUACCAAGGCCACCGAUAAAAGAGCCAGUUACGACUAAUCAGGUGUAUAAACCAAAAGAGCGAGGGGAGCAGGCUCGUGACAAAGUUCAUACACACAAUCAGUUCACCAAUCUAGAAGUAGAUGAGGGGGAGCUCGUAGAACAAACCACAAAUAAAGGGAUGUCUACUCCAGAUCUCUUACAACAAAUUCUGAUCUAUAUUAAUGCUACCAUUGAAGAGGUAGUUGUUGCGGAAGAAAUUCAAGCAGCUCCGGCAGAGAAUAGGGCGGAUAUAACUCCUAUAGCUAGGGCGGAUGCUCGGGACUCUACAGAAACUCUUUGCUUGGGGCAGUCUGGAAGACUUAUCAGCGCCGACCCGAAUGGAGACUCGAAUUUGUAAGUCUUAGCAGUGGAAAAUGCAAUGAAGAUCCAGCGUCUUGAGGAAUAUAUUAACGCAACUUUAACCCCUUCUGAGGGGUUAGCUGCCUCUAUUGAUACAACUCAUGUGGCUGAGAAGGUCUCUACAGCCACUGUGGAAAUUGCUAAUCGAAUUAGCAGGUUGGAGGAACAGGCGCUGCCGAAGCGCAGACGGGAUCGUCCACUGAAGGGUAUGGGACGUGAGCACGUGCAACAUACUACAGGUCUUGUGCCGGAGGAUAGCAUCAAAUGUCGCGUCAGGAAAGCUGUGGAGGUGGGGUAUAAGCUGAGGGAUUAUGUUGUUGAUCAUAACAGCAGCGAUAAUUUUCGUGCUAUGAAUAAUAUAGCCAACAGACGAUGGUCGGAUGAAGUGGAGUUGGAUGACAUUCACACCACCACAGAUACCCCUUAUUGGUAGUCGUUUGUUUAAGAAAGACCUGUGGUAUUUUUUUGGCAUUUUUGCUAGGCUUCUUUUUUAUGUCUUUUGAUAGACGAGCUUCUUUUCAUAAC